CUUCCCUUUCCAGCGUUUCCUACUGCCCAGACCGUUGGAAAUUUCGCCUCCCAAAUACAACAACCAACCAACCAACCGAUCAAUCGUCGCGAUCAAUCGUCAAAGAAACGCGACAAUUCAAAUAUCCUCCCCUCGACCUAGCCAUCUUCGAUAAUCAAAUACUCAUUCCCCCAUCAAUCAAUUCGGAAAAAAAAAAAGGAAAGGAAAGGAAAAAAAAAAAAAACAAUCAACACAAACACCCCCCCAUCAAAAUGGCCAACUUCCUCGCCUCCAUCUUCGGCACGGAGCAGGACAAAGUCAACUGCUCCUUCUACUACAAGAUCGGCGCGUGCCGCCACGGCGACCGCUGCAGCAGGAAACACGUCAAGCCGUCGUACUCGCAGACGAUCCUGCUACCAUCCCUAUACCAGAACCCCGCGCACGACACGCGCGCGCGCCUGACCCCCGAGCAGUGCGCGAACCACUUCGACGCCUUCUACGAGGACCUGUGGUGCGAGCUGUGCCGGUACGGCGAGCUCGAGGAGCUCGUCGUCUGCGACAACACCAACGACCACCUCGUCGGCAACGUCUACGCCCGCUUCAAGUACGAGGACUCGGCCCAGAAGGCCUGCGACGAGCUCAACUCCCGCUGGUACGCCGGCCGCCCCGUCUACUGCGAACUCAGCCCCGUCACCGACUUUAGAGAGGCCUGCUGCCGGCUGAACAGCGGCGAGGGCUGCGUCCGCGGCGGCUUCUGCAAUUUCAUCCACAGGAAGAAUCCCUCCCCCGAGCUCGAGAGGGAGUUGACCCUGUCCACUAAGAAGUGGCUUAAGAUGAGGGGCCGCGACGCGAAGAGCGUUAGUCGUAGCCCGAGCCCGGAGCCGACGCGGAAGCGGUAUUAAGGCAGGAUGACGUUGUAUUUAUUUAUUUAUUACUAGGAGGGGGGGAAGCAGAGAUCGAUCGUUUCCUCGAGGCUGAGACUGAGAUUCUUAUUUUAUGAGAGCGAAGGUAGUACCCAAUUAAGAUACGGAAGGCUAGGAGACGGAGAAGGCAGCAUACGCACGAGCGCGGUCUAUUAAUAUACUAGGAGACGGGACGUGAUGAGGUGAGGUGAUACAAGACGGAGGCUAAGAAAGCAGGCAAAGCAAGCAAGCAAGCAUUUACGAGACGCGCUCGUGUGAGAAAUACGCAGGAUUCGGGAUAGAUACCCUUGGACCGGCUGUUCUCAAUUAUACGUGAAGCGGCAUCAUUUGCCCGCCUACGGUUUCUCGAUCAUAAGACGAGUAUGUAUGGUGCUUAAGGGGAAAUGGGGAGAAGAAGGGCUCUCAGAGCAAUUCAUAUGUAAAAUACUCGAUUCAUUAGCAGCCCUACAAGGAUUAAAUCAAGAUAAUAUCCACCUGAA